GCGUUCGGCAUGGCGACGCCGGAAGCCCCGAUGAAAACCCUCGACUUCGAGUCGUCUACGGCUUUGUUGCCGUCGUACUUCUCGACGGGGCAACGCCCAUACUCCGGCCUUCGCAAAUCCCUCUCAUCCUCUCUGCCAUUAACUCGUAAAAAGAGAGCCAAAAACUGUAUUGAUGCGACCGCUCCUGGCCUUCCCAUGUUGUGGCCGUUGUCAGAUCCAUUGUGCUAUUGAGUUCUUUCAGUUGCUCCGAGCAUAGAUAUCAGAAUGGGACUGGAUCGGGUGGUCGCAAUGGAAAAAUUGGGAACCAGACCAUUGAACUAAUUGAGCAUAUGACAAAAUGAGAUUGCUUUGUAUGUGGAAGAUUCCAUGAUGUUGGGAUUCGGAAGAAGUUUUUGGACUAUAAUCAUAUGCCAUGACUCUGUGCCCAAAUUGUGGAAGGCUGACAGCAGUAUUGAAUGGUAUCUUAAUAACAAGGGGACGAUGAAAUGUAAAUAUGAAGGCAAGAAAUGAGUUAAAAACUUCGGCUGGUUUUUGGAUAUCUAAAGUUUGAGGAGUUCUUUAUGUCGAGAAGUUUUGGUAGUCUUUCUUAGGCAAGGACAAGUGCAGCACCUGCUAGGUGAUUGCGGAAGCAUAGCAUGCAGAGAUUGGAUAGCAGCUUCACAGAGCCACCCCGUGCAUUAAUGGUUGGCAAAGUUGAUUGUGGUGGAUCGGUGGCUUUGAUCCUAUUAUUUGGGUGAGGCAGAAAGGACGGCCGCUAGCGGUUGGAAUGCUGCGACGCUGCUGGGGUCCUCUCAGCUCAGCUGCUUGCGAACGAAGGAGGAUCUGUGGGGCAUCCUCCUUGGCCCAGAAAUCAAAACCAACCGAAUCCGUAUGUCUCUGGUAGAUAUUUCUUUGCCUCUUCCUUGUGCUUUCUUACCGUUUAAAUUACUGUGACGGGCGAGGACGAGGAGAUGGGAAGCAUGGAACAAGGAGAUUAAAAGGGUAUAACGUGGCUUAGUUCUUUACCUUUAGGCACGACGCCAUUGACCGAGGAGAUUAAAAUCUCGCUCGAGCGAUGUCGACAGGCGUUUGAUUUUAUUUCCGAUUUCUUACCUAUCGGUAUCGGUUUCUGUGAUAGCAACUCGUGCAGGAUACUGACAUUAUCGAGAAGCCUAAUGUCAGCCGUCAAAUCUGAGUUCUUUAAUCGAUCAUAAACAUAGUCAAAACGUCGGGUGGUAGUCUGAUGGGCACAAGUGAGGUUUGGCGUCUACGCUCGCAGCCCAUAUCUUAUUUGUCCCUUGCUUUGUAAUUUCAAAUCUCCAUUUGAGCAUGCGAUUUCACAUUCAUUCGGCCAAAAAAAGAAGGGAACCUUUUGUAACGCUAGCGUACAAGUUGGCCAACUGGAAUUCUGCUGUACCCUUAGUAUGUGUUGCAGCCAUGACAACCACAUGGAAAGUGAACAUGAUUAAAGGUGUUCGAUCUGGAUUUAAACAGAAGGUGUCGUGUUUUGAAAAAUUACUCUUUGCCUUCAUUAGGUUGGUGGUGCACCAGUCUUUGAACCCUUCCAAUUGUGCGCCAAGCCAUCUUAAAUGGUUCUCGGCAAUCAACUAAUUGGUUUCCGGUUAUACAUAGGAUGGAUGUCCAGUUCAGUAGUCCAUGGGGUGACCACAGGGACGUGUGGGGGAAGCCUCACACAGGAGUGGUUGUGGAUCGGUUCAAAUUGGAACUAAAUUGGUCUGAAAUUGAAAUUGAAUCAGGUGAAAUCGGGUCCAAAAUUAAACCGUUGUUUCCUCCCAAGCCGCAUUCUUUUACCCCACAGGCAAAGGGCUCGGCACUGUCAUAACCAGCGGUGCCACGUGAAGGGGAAGUGGACGCCGCGUGUAUUUAGUAACUAGCGAACAUGUUUCAUUCUCCCUCGGCGAGAGGGCACCGAGGCCGCAUGCGGUAAAAGUUACGUCCGGUCACGGUAAACACACUGGUCGUUGAUCCCCCCAAUCACCAUUGCUGAUUUAUAAUUUUAAAGUAAAACAUGUAUAAGCCAAGACGUGUGCGUAUAUAAGAGCAGGUGUUCUAUAGCGAUGCGCCCCGGGGACAAAACAUGGCCGUGGCAUCUGGCCCAGAUUGCAUUCUACUAGUGUCGAUCUCGUCUCCUCUACUCUCUGUCUUGGUUCUUGUUCCGGUUUCCUCUUUCUCCAAUCUCUGAAGCCGAGAGUGAGAGGAAGUUUCCCUUUUAGAUCCAGUCCUUCCCGGGGUCCGGCGAGAAGAGGGAUAUUAGCUGUGCCUGUAAGCUUCGGUGUAUCGUGAGCAGGGGGGCGGGAGAUGGGACUUCAGGUCGCAGCGACUUGCACGCGGUGGUCGCAGCUGUCGCCCACCAACUCCCUGAAUUCCUCCCAGGCCGCUGCCGCAGUCUCGCCUCUCGGCUGCAGCAAGCGGAUGGGUGCUGCUGCCGGUGUCUGCGACUGCGUCCUCGCGUCUGCCUUCCUCGGUGCCGGCUCUGGCAAGCUGUUGAGGGCUAGGUCGUCGGAGACUCACAGGGGUCGUGGAAGGCGGAGUCGGCAGCACGCACCACGCCGGCCCUUCAGUGCCAGCCUUGAGCACUUCGCAGCACAGGGUGGCGACGAGGAGGAAGAGGAGAAGUUUCUGCAGAGGCUCGAGGGAUUGGCCCUCGAGCUGCAACAGGAGCGGGCGGAUGGCAGCGAAGACUCGGUGGCUCAUUCCGAGUCAUGGAGGAGCGAGGAAGGCGAUGCCUCGGGAUCCUUUUCGUGCUUUGGCUCCGAGUUUAGCCCGGUAAUUUCUCCUGUGCCCUUUUCGUCGACAGAGCUGCUGUGGCUGCCCGUCCUGCCGGAGACGCCGGACUGGCCCGACCAGAUUGUGCCGCCCAGCGUGGAGAGGAGCGCAAACAGCGUCGAGCUGCCGCUGUCGCUGCGUAUCAUAAAGAGGAAGAAGCGUCGGGAGGAUGGGUGGUUCCGGGAGACGGGCGAGUCGGCCUGCUGCUCCGUGAAGCGGGCCUUCUCGUCCAUGGUGUUCAUGAUCCGCGAGCUCCAGAGCUACACGCUCCAGAUGCGGGACGUGCUUUGCCGCGAGGACCUCCAGGGAAUUCUGGCGCGGGUGAAGCGCGAGAUGAACUCCUCCUUCGUCUGGCUCUUCCAGCAGAUCUUCUCCUGCACCCCGACCCUUAUGGUCUCGAUCAUGCUCCUCCUUGCCAACUUCACCGUCUACUCCAUGGGCCACCUCGACGCCUCCGCCAUGUCUGCGCCCGAUCCGCCGACCCAACAGUCGCUGGUCGAGACGGUCGUGGUGGAGGAGCGUCGCCAAAGUCAUCAUAACCAAUCCUCCAUCGUCAAGACGUUCUCCUCCACCGGGCGAACUGCAUCCAUCGGAGGUAGCGGCGCCGGCGGUGGAGGGAAGGCAAGGCCGGUCGCGGGGGCCACGGGAGACGGGCAGCCCGAUGGCGGAUCCUCCGCUUACUCGACGAUCCUCCCCGACGGGAUCUCGACGGCUUCGGGGGCGGUGAACGCCGAGGAGGGGGAACAAAGUGCGACGGAAGAUGGCGCGUUGGUGGCGGUGGCAGCAGCAAGGGCGGAGGAGGAGGCGAGGGUUUGGAAAGGGAUACGUGAGGAAGUGGCAAGUAUACAGUCGAGCACGAGGGACGAGGCGCUCAUGGACCCGGAGACGGUGCGGCGGUUGGUCUCGCCCGUGGCAGUGGAACUGGAGCCGGACGACUACUCGGGCUACCUGCGGACGGAGAUCAUGUACCAACACGCCCUGUCGCAGGACCCGGAGAACGCGCUUCUACUCGCCAACUUCGCUCAGUUCCUCCAUGUCGUCCACCACGAUCACGACAGGGCGGAGUACUACUUCAAGAGGGCGGCAGGGUUGAAGCCGGCGGACGCAGAGGCAUUGGGUCGGUAUGCGAGCUUCCUGUGGCUGGCGAGGAAGGACCUGGAGGCAGCGGAGGAGACCUACUUGGAAGCCAUCGCCGCGGACCCCGGCAACACCGUCCACGCAGCGAACUACGCCCACUUCCUGUGGAGCACGGGCGGCGAGGACACCUGCUAUCCCCUUGACGACGGCAACAACGAUGCAUGGUAGCAGCAGGAGAUCAACACGAUCUCUGCUUCCACAAACAAUGGUACCGCCGUAGAAGCCCAAGAAAGUCUGUGCGGCUCAACUAUUCCUGCUAAGACGAAACCCAAAUCAAAGGCCGAUCUAUUUCUGGUCUGGUCGAGUCGUCUUUGCGAGGCUGGGAUGGAGACCGGGUCAACAAUCGGAUCGACCAAACCAGGUUUACUUGGUUCCACUUUACAGCAGCCCAGCCCAGUCGGCUAAAUAAUGAACCCAAAUCAAAGGCUCAAGUAAAAUUGCAUCCCAGUCGCAAUGAUUACAGUAGUAAAGCAUCUCAAUGAGUGUACAAAAACAAGAGAGAGAGAGAGAGAGAGAGAGAGAGAGAGAGAGAGAUGCUUCUAAUUUCCAAUAAUCGAAACUAAAGCGUAUGGCACUGAUUCAUUCAAGUGAUUUUAGUUCUAGUUUUCAAGAAUAUGAUAUCAUUCGGAAUCCAA